AUGAUCGCCUUUGAUGAGCUUUUCGAGUUCCUACGGGAAGCUGAAAUAACCUGCGAUAAUUUUAACGAGCAGAACGAAGAACAGGAAGCAAUUAUCCUCUUCCUAAAUGAGUUGAAGUCAUACAUCGCGGAUCUUUCCCUUUCGCUGAAGCAUAGGAUAAACGCCCCCGAUGACAUAACCGAACAGGAUAUUUUGAAAAAAAUUAUUAACAAGAAGGAGAGCCUUGAGUGGAUCCUUCGGAAGAAAAGGGACAAUUUCCUUGGAGGCGUCCACUCGGGGGGGAAUUCCUCCCCGCUCAUCUUCGCUAAAGGAACCAAUCAUGAUGACCUCAGCAGCAGUGGUGUGGAAAACCCUACAGGGGAAUCCCCCCUAGUGCCACCGCUCAACCGAACAAGGCAGAAGAGUGUGGGCACAACUUCGGACACAUCCUUAGAAGUUAACGCCGCUGAGAAGGAGGAUCAAAUCCCAUCGCACAGUCUCACUUGUUCAACCCGGGGGUAUAAUAAAGUGGAACCGUCGCUUAACGGGGAAAAGGUUCCAACUGAGUAUGAAGCCCCUUCAAAGGAAGACCCCGCCGCAGCAGCCCAAUCGGAGCGCAAAGAAAGCUACGAUGGGGUGGAAACCCUAAAUGAUGAGAUACUAAAAGAAUGGAGCGAACAGAUUGAUGAGUAUGAUAACCUACUCUAUGAAUACUCCUUUGCAUUUAAAAAAAAUGACUUACAUAAGAAAAUGAAAUCCAGAAAAAAUAUGAACAACGCAGAUGAAAAUAUCGAUGAAGAGUUGUGCCUACUGGCACAGGAAAUGAAAGAAAACGUUUUAACAUACAGAGAGAUAAUUGUCGAAGACAACAGGAUGCUGGAGCAGUCGGCGAACAAACAGCUAUCCAACCUAGACAACAUAACUGAUGUGUAUAAGAAGACGAAAAAAAUGGGGCAGAACAAAAGCAUUUCCUUCUUCGUGUCGCUGCUCAUAAUUGCUGUUUCGGCCCUGCUGUUCGUGCUCACCUUUUUUGUCAUCCUGAUUUUGUAG